UACAAUAUAUUGUACAGCUGUAAGUAAUACAGCACACCCAGAGUUCUCAUGGUGAGAAGUUGAAUGUCUGAGGGUACCUGAAUGCAGCACAGACAGCAUAACAACCUCACCCAGAGCAGGAAGAGAACUCCUGUCCUUUCUCUCACAGCUGAUAUGUUUUUUGUGGGUUUCUCCUGUUUCCUGAUCUUCUUUCUGGUCUCUGCAUCUGAAGACCAGCCAGAGAUCACAGUGAAGGCUGGAGAUGAUGCCCCUCUUCAGUGUCAGGGUCCCAGAGAGGCCUCCAUCAUACUGUUGGAGUGGAUCAGACCUGAUCUGGACUCACAUGGUUACUUGUUCUUCUACCGAAACGAGCGCUCGUAUGAAAGCUACCAGCAUCCGUCGUAUCGCGGUCGAGUGGAGCCGAGAGAUCCAGAGCUGAAGAACGGAGACUUUUCUGUUGUCCUGAAGAACGUCACCGUCAGCGACACUGGAACAUACGAGUGUCGGGUUGUUAUGGAAACCACCGAGAGGAUACGCUCUGAGAUCAGGAACCUCAUCCAGCUCUCAGUCACAGUCACAGCUAGAAACACCUGGGCUGGAGGUAACGAGGAUGGAGGUAACGAGGAUGGAGGAAACAAGGAUGGAGGAAACAAGGAUGGAGGAAACAAGGAUGGAUAUGUUGUUGGAGUUGUAGUUGGUUUUUCAGUUAUUGGUGUUCUCGUUCUUGUUGCUAUUGUUAGUUUUAUGAUUUUAAAACGUCGUAAAGGACUCAAAGACAAUACUUUCUAUAAACCUCCUGCUGAUGCAACAGACAACCAUCGAGAGGUCUGAACAGUCCCAGAGGUUUCAAACGAAUAAAGAAUAAAUAUAUAUUUAUACAUAACAAAUGGUCUGAAACAUUGUGAUUAUAAUAAACAGACUUACACUCAAUAUUAAUAUUAUAUUAUACUGUUACCACUACCUUUACUUUUGCAGUUUUGUUUGACACCUCUGGGCCACCGUUAAAGUCACAGUUACAGAAGGAUAACAAAAGAGACUUUAAGUGAAGACAGAGACAGAAAGUAAACAGAACAGGCUCAGCAUUAUAUAUCAGCUGUUUCUCAUUAGUGUUAUUGCAUUGAGUCAGGAUCAGCAGCAGACUGGGAGCUUUCACUGAUGUACCUUAAUCAACUUAUUGCACAUUAACCAGAGACACUACGAGAACCAGUUUAAUGACUAAUAACUAACCUUCCAGUUUCCAUCAGGUGUAAAUUAUAUUGUGUUGUCCUCUUUAUGAAUGGAUCAAUGUGCAAUUAUUAACCAAUAUCUGUUAUAGGUUUCUGUAUUUUUACAAGUUAUCAAAGUGUGCAAGAAAAAAUACAAAUAUUAAGAACUUUUAGCUGUUUAUUUGGGACUGCUGCACUUUAUAAGUUUUCCUUCUGAGAUUAAAUGCAAUUAUUGUAAGUUGCAUCUAAAAAUUUGUAAGAUGAAAUAUGAAUUACAGUAAUUGUCUGUUUGUAGCUCAUUAUUGAUGCCCAUUGAUUUAGAAAUGUGAAGAACCACAGAGCUUUUCAAUCUCACUACAGAUAUCAAACUGUUUCCUCUGUAUGUGCCUUAGAACAUUAAUCUUUCAAUGCACUUUAUUUCACCACUAUAAGCUUUAUUAUGUUAAUAAAUGUGUUUGAACUUCUUAA